AAAGCAUCCCAGAAAGACGCAAAUGGGUCGCUGAUGCGCAUCAAUUCUCGGCGGGCGACAGGUCGGAUUUUCUUUUGAUGAGACAGAGUGAGAAGUGGGGAGGGGCUGAUGUUGGGGAGAAGGCGGGAGGGGGGAGGGGGGGAUAUGGGUGGAUGGGAGAGAGUGGGUGCCCAGCCGGGGGUGCCCGCCGCUUUAAGCUGGUGGACCAACCCACUGCGUAUAAAACCCCGUCCACCCAUUUUUUUCGACCUUCCCCCCCUGUGCACCUCUUCUCUUCUCCCAUUUUGAUACCAUCCACCUCCCCGAUGCCGCACUCCUCCCAUCCAUCCAACAUCCCACCAUUCUUAUUGUUUUUGCCGAACCCCAUUCUCCUUUUCAUUAACACCCUCAUCCCGCCCACAAUUUGGCAUAUUAUUAUGUCCACCACGUCACCAUCACCAUCACCAUCACCAUCACCCUCGCCACUACCAUCACCUUUGGGGCCAUAUGCACGGCUGCCGUCUUCAGAGACCCAGCUGUUAACGUCCGCAAUACAAUACCUGGACGAAUAUCGCUGGAAAGAUGCUUUCAAGACCAUCUGUGUCGCUGGACAUGCGAUGCAGAGCCCACCCGCCAAGCUUCACAACCUGCACCUGCUACCACAUAUCAACCAGCUUUUUGAAGCUAUCAUGCUCCAUCACGCCUAUGGUGUUGACCACCACAUAGACCACACCAUCAACCACAUUUUGCACCUCGCUGUCCGGACCUGUCAGGAUGCUAGAGAAGACCAACAUGACACAUAUUCUGACGAAUGCAUCAGAUGGAUGACGCCAAUCGAAGUCGAAAUAGGGCAAUACCUCCAGUUCUAUCGCAUGUUCUGUCGGUACCUCGAGAACUACUCCAUGUCUAUCGAGUCCGACCGCGCUUUGGACGAUGUGCGCAACCUGAUACAAAAGAUGUGUCCGACUGUCAACAACUUGUGUGGGUGGGUGCCCAGGACACCGCCAAGAGAUAUCCGCCAAGACAUGCAAGGAGCGGCAGCCAACAACACGCCGCGCAGGCGAUCACAACGAUUGCGCUCCCAGCACUCAACACCGGAGCCUGCCGCCUCAAACCCAAGGCAGCAAAGGAAAUCUCAACGACCUCGGCGCCGGAGGGUGUCACCCCCACCCCAACUACCAACCCCACCCACCCAAAGCGGCGAUCUGAUGUGUUCUUCAACCUACAAGACUGAAGAUUACAUCCCCUCCCUGCUCACGCCAAUGACUCAGUUUUCAGCCCCGCGCUCCUCGCAGGUACCAAAAGUGAACGAGCCAGAAGAAGAGCCCACCCAGCUUGUGGGUUCAAGGGUGUUGCAGUUCAUCAAGCCACCAAUACCGAGACCCAGAUUGGUGGAAGGAGGAAUUUUACCGGCCGAUUUCACUUCGCUGCGUCCUGUUCAUAUCCAUGUUACAUCGCAAAGAUGUUGUUCGGGCUUAUAG